CAAGUUUACUCGUCGCAUAGUUUGAUUUUAGAACAAGAUGGCAAAGUUUGUAUGCUUAGUGAUCGUCUCCAUCCCAUUGCUGCUCUUGCUCCUUGGCACCGCAGCAAAGGCCCAACUGGGAAACAGUACAAAUGCAACAGCGGUUUUCUGCUUUGGAGAUUCAACAGUGGAUGCAGGAAACAACAACUAUCUCAACACAUACUUCUCGAUCGCAAGAGCAAAUCACACUCCAUAUGGAUGUGAUUACGAUAAUCAAGCUCCCACUGGCCGCUUCUCCAAUGCAUUAGUCCUCCCCGAUCUUAUUGCGCAAUACAUUGGUGUUGCUAGAGCUUUUCCGUUUCUCCAUCCAUCUGCAAAUGGAAUGAAUCUCACUCAAGGUGUUAACUUCGCAUCCGGGGGAGCUGCAAUCAUCGAUAAGCUCUCCAGCAACCUUGUAUUGCAAACUCCAUACACCUUCAGCGUCCAAGUCGAGUGGUUUCGAAAUGUCACUCAGAGACUACAAGCCGUGGAAGGUGCCACCGCUGCGGCUUCGCGAAUUCGGAAUGCCUUCUGCCUCAUAAGCAUUGGAUCCAAUGAUUUUUCAUACAAAAGCAUGGACACCACCACCUCAAGCCUCAGCGAUGCCGAUUUUAGAAGCUUGCUAGUCAACACACUCUCCACUCGUAUCCAGGACAUCUACAGCAUUGGAUGCCGGAGAUUCAUCGUGUCCGCAAUUGGACCGCUGGGAUGCACGCCCAUCACGCUUACACUCAUGUGUGGUCCGUACAACGCUACGUGUCGAUCGAUGUGCAACGAGACGACCAACGGUAUCGUCUACGCGUUCGACGUGGCCGUGGAGAAUAUGCUCAGGAAUCUCUCCGCGAGCCUCUCCGGCUUCCGCUACUACUACAACUACGAUGCUUUCAACAUCACCCGGGACGCCAUAAGGAAUCCGGCCACAUACGGAUAUACCAUCGUGGAUCGUGGCUGUUGUGGGAGUGGCACCACGGAGAUUGGCGAUGGCUGCCAGAGCUACUUUGGACUGUGCUUUGAUCGCUCCAAAUAUAUAUUCUUCGAUGCGAUCCAUCCCGGAGGAAAGCUCAUCUCGCUAUUAGCCAAUAGAUUGUCCACGUCGCUCUCGAGCUAGUAGAUUUUGUUACUAGACGGAAUAUACAAUAUCUUGCUACUUGACGGAAUAUACAAUACUCUCGUUUGGUCCAC